AUGAUUACAAAAUCCCAGAAAACGGGAAGUUUCAAAAAACGCAGUGAAUUUCUAGGUUGUAUAUCAUUUCCAUUGUCCACUUUACUGCAGCAACAGGAAAUCAAUGGCUCCUAUAAAUUACAAACCCAACCCUGUCUAAAUAGGCCACAGCAGCAACACUGGCAGCAACAACAUCAACAUCAACAGCAACAACACCAACUUCAACAUCACCAACAGCAACCAACAUUAACCAAAUCAUCAUUAGCAGCAGCAGAGGCUCAACAAACAGCAGGAUUGAUAACAGCAGCCAACACCUCGACUUCCUGUAAACAUUAUUGGCCCAAACAGUCAUUAGCAAAUAAUCAUUCUCCAACCACAACAAUGGCCACCACUAUGACCCAAUUGCGUAAUACAGAUGAUGCUGUUAGUAUUGAUAGCAUGGCCACCGGACAACUGGGUGCUGAGCAACAGCCCAUGAUAUUAAGCAAAAAAGCUUUACAUCAACGUGAUGCAGAUGAAAAUCUUUUCUUAAGAUUCUUAGAAUUAGAUCCACCCAUAGUAGAUCCACCACCAACACAAGGUGGUACACCGGUGGCCGGCCGAAGAUUAUCAAAUCCUAAGCCAAUGGGACGUACACCCUUUACCAUGACCAAAAAGUUAACACGUACAGCUGAACGGGGUUUUGGUUUCUCUAUCGUAUGGACCCAUCCACCAAGAGUGGAAAAAGUUGAGCCUGGACUAUCGGCUGAUCGCUGUGGCAUCUAUCCUGGUGAUUAUGUUAUUUUUGUCGACAAACAUAAUGUGGUCACUAUGCCCGAGGCUGAUGUUCUAAAUCUUAUACGUUCCCAAGGUGCUACACUCACUUUGGAGAUUUUCAGAAGAUCAGGUUCUGGCACAAAUGCUGGUGCUGCUGGCAGCAGUAAUAAUACCAUGACUACAGCAACACAUCGUUCGUUAGCCACCACAUUACCCAUGAAUGGUAAGAGUUCACGAAUGGCUGCUAGUGGUACCAGUAUCAAUAAUCCCGUUGAUGAAAUAAUGAGUGUAACGGUAAUGGCUAGCGGUGGUGGUGUUGGUAUGAAGCAGCAGCAACAACAAACACAUCGUCCCUCGACUGCCUGUUCGGUGAAUACGAAUUCAUCGUUGGAGGCUGCCAAAAGAAGAUUGAAUUUACCUCAGGUUACGUUUAGUAAAGAGAGCAUUGCCCCCAUUACCGACAACCGCAGACGUUUCCUUUUACAACUAAUUAGCAGAGAACAAAAUUUCAUGUCUGCCAUACACUUUGGCAUGCAACGAUUUGUACAACCACUACAAGAUCGUAAAGAUCUCAUAACGCCCAAUGAUCAUCGAACAUUAUUUCAAAAUAUGGAUGAGUUGCUAAGAAUAUCCGAAGAUGUUCUAGAGCAAUUAUGUCACGAUGAUCAAGAGCCACAAAUGAAUUUUGCCUCCAGGGUGUAUUUGUCCAAGACCACAGCGAUAUGUGCAGCCUAUAAAAAGUAUUGUAAUGGUAUUAAAAGAGCGGAUUGUGUAUUGGUCAACAAAUCCCGUCAAACUGGUUCUGAAUUUGUGAACUUUAUAACCGAACCGCCAGUGCCUCGUAAACGUCCCGACUUAACGAUGUUUAUACACCGUCCUCUUCAGCAUUUUCGUGAAAUCUUAAAACUAAUGCAGCUUUUGGCCUCCAACUGUCACGUGGACACGGAAGAGCACAAAAAUUUCAAUAGUGUUAUCAAUGAACUGCAAGCAGCUUAUCGUGAAAUUACCGUUACUAGUGGUCUCAUGGAACCCUUGGGUGAGGGUAGACCUUUGCUUACUUUACAAGAUUUGGAGUCCAGAAUGGUGUUUACCAAAUGUAAACCUUUCACCUUGGCAGUACAAGGAAGACAAUGGAUAUUUGGCGGCGAUUUGUCUAGGGUGGAAGGACGGUCGGUGAAACCCUAUUGGACUUUGCUGUUCAGUGAUAUUAUAGUAUUUGCCAAAGUUAGUAGAGAUCGUGUGCUGUUUAUUACCGAAGAGCCCAUACCCAUAGCGAAUAUUGUGGAUUCGUGCUUUCAUAUGAGAAAAAAGACUACAGAGUUUCGCCUUACUGUAGAUCCCAAUGGUCGAUUAGCUGAAAGUCCCACCGGUUAUUGUGCGCCCGAUUUAACUAAGACUCCUAAAAAAGGGGCACGACGUAAGAGCUUAGUGUUGAGAGCUCCCUCCUUGGAAUUGAAAGCUGUUUGGCAGAAUCUGUUGCAAAGACAAAUAUUCCUAGUCAAUGCCGCCCUAGGCUCAACACCUUUGUCUAGUCCCCUUGAUUCUCCCGAUGUUCUCAAUACUUUGGUGCCGCUAAGUGACAUAGGCAUUGCCUCGGCUUCUAUUGGUUCCAUAAAACUCUCCUCCAUGGACAGUAUCAAUAUGAAGAAUCAACAGCAUCAUCAUCAACAACAACAGAACAAUCGUUUGUCCAGCAAUGUUUCCGAACAAAUCGAAAAACUGAUCGAUGAAAAAUGCCGUAUACUCAACAAAACCGGUACGCCUAAGUCUAGCGCCUUACACUUGGCCAACUGGAUGAAGGGUCAGUUGGAUAAACAGCAAGAACAGGCACGUUUAGCUGUUGCCCAUUCGCUAACGGGAGAACCUUCACCGCCUCCGGGACAUACGGACACUGAUGAUGUUGUCACCUAUCAGGAUCAGGAUCAUGAUGAACGUAUCACCUACUGGACACGCCAGCAAUUGGAGAAACGUACAAAAGAAUUGAAUUUGGCCAAGGAGAAUGGUCACUUUUCGGUAAAGCCAAAUUUUGGUGGUAAACGUUUAAGUGGUGUCGAUGAGAUGAGCAUGAGUGAUGUCAUCUCAUAUUCGGAGGGUGUUAGUCAGAUCAGUCAGUCGCAUAGUACAACAUCGGAUAGUCAGAUCACCGUACGUUCUAGUCCCAUUGUAUUAGAUAAAUUAGCCGUUUGUCGUCAUUGUCAUAAAAAUUGCCAACAACAACAGCAGCAGCAACAACAACAACAAAAUACAAGUCCUACAUCGCCUCAUCAAUCAAAGAUUCAUCAUCAUCAUCAUCAUGGAGAGUCAUUGAGUGGAGAGGAUAAAACAAAAUGUCCUCUCUCUCCCAAUUCACAAAUGCGCUCAGCCUCAGCUCUAAUAUGUCACUCACUUAAGGUACAACAUAGUCAAUCAUCACCGCAACGUUGUUGUAAUGUUAACGGUGGCGGUGGUGGUAGUAGUAAUAGUCAAGCCAGUAGUGUAACUAGCAUAUCAUCUGGUACGGUAACGGGUGAGAAACCCGGCGAUAAUCAAGCGGCUAGUAGUAGUAAAUGUGAUGUAGGUGAUACGGAAAGUGAUCUGGCGCAAUUAAUAACCGAUGAUGUUUAUCAAUCAGAGGCCACGGAUGAUGGGAAUACGGCGGGUAAUACCAGUAGCAGUAUCAGUAGCAGCGGUGUCGAAGAGGCGCGAAGAAGAAUCACCGACAGCAUCCAUAAAUUACGAAUUCUAGAUGAACACAAUGAGGCGGCUAUUCUAAUGAAUGGUCACUGUCCUCAGCAGGAGGAGACAACAAUAACGUCGACGACGACGACUACGACAACAACCCCAAAUACGACAGCCACCAGCACGGCCACCUCUUCAGGGACAGAGAGUGAGGAAAGAGAACAGUUUAAACCAGAACCACCACCUCGUAGGUUUGCCAGCAUACAACCGCAGAAAGCUAAAGAAUUGGAGGAGGAAACUAAGGCCAAUGAAAUGGUUAAGAUGAGUGUUACCAUUACCGAAACGGCCAAAAUAGUUAUAGUGGAAGAUACUAAGUUAGUGCUUACCCCCACCAAGGCUCCCAGAUCACCCAAAUCUCCUAAGUCUCCCAAAUCACCCAAAUCUCCCAAUACACCUUUAACACCCAAAUCGGUAAGAUCGGUAGGCAGCAGCAGCACCAAAUCUCAGCAAUUUGUGCCCUGCACUUGCAAAUGUUUACCCGAAGACUUUGCCAAUACCACUCUAAGUCCCGAGGAGGUAGAACUGAAAACCUGUAAAAUGCUGGAAUCUCCAAAACAAUCUCCCAAAUUGCCAAGAUCAAUGCAAACGGAAGAGGAAAACAAAAACUCAUCUGAAGAUCCUCACAAAUAUUGUAAAUGUACUUGUGAUAAAACGAUACAGGAGAAUUUGAAUACCAAACAAGAUAAAGAAGAUGAUGAUCUUUCGCUAAUGUUAAUUGGCUUGGCCCAAUUGACGCCGGCCGCCAAACUAUUAAACAUGAAGACUCCCACGGCUCCUGUGCCAACACCCACCCAAAAUUUUGCUUCUUAUACAGAGAAUGGUUUUGUGCCUACCAUAGCCAUAGUGCCCGCCACCCCCGAUUCGGUGCUGACAAAAACUACAACAAAUGUAUGGGAUAAUACCACUCAUGUUACCACUAGUACAGCCACGGCCAAUUUAAUUAGUUUAGGUCCAAGGCAGGCGGUUAUAGAAAAUAUACCCGAAGAUUCUUGUGAUGAAUCCCCCAUAGACGAGGAGCCUCCCUAUCGACCCAUGUCUAGUACUCUUAGGCGUUUUGGCACUAUGUCUAGUUUAGAACGUUUACCCUCCGAAGAUCGUUUGGAAGACAAUCUAGAUGAUUAUGAUGAUGAGGAUGAAGACGAUGACGAGGAAGUUGAUGAUGAAGAUGAGGAGUUAAUGGAUAAGGCUAGAGCCGAUAAUAUAGAAUUAGAUAAUGAAAUUCGUGUAGUAACCAAGGCUAUUUAUGAGAAUACCGAAGAGGCCGGCUCUUCGAAUAGUUUGAAUGGUAAUGCCUGGACAAGUCGUGCCUCAACAUUUGUAUCGGGUAAAAUGUCAUUCUUUGAAGAGUCGCGCGCCUUUAUAGACAAAUAUUUAGGAAGAUGGAAUCAAGAGCAAGCUAAUGUGGGUAAUGGUUCAGGCAUAACCUCAGAUCCGGAAGAACAAAUGGACGAAUGUACCUCAGGUGCGACGUCAGGAGAAGAGGUAUGGGGUACACCCACCAGUGGGGGCGAUAAUGAUGAUUUACAUUUGGCCAAUUCGGAAAAUACACAAUCGUCUCCCACCAAAUCCAGCAACUCUUUAAAUGAUGACGAUGAUACCGAGCUUAUGAUGGAUGAAUUAUUAAUGGCUCCACCCAUGUCGGCCAGCACUAUACGCGGUCUAUUACCACGUUUUUACAGGCGACGCCUAGAACCCCUAUUUGAGGAGGAAACGGAAAGUGAUGAGGAAAAGACACAACAGGAAAGUGAAGAAUUGAAAAAGGGGGAAACAACGACAAAUGGCCACUAUUUAGAGGAUUCGGAAGCUGGAAGUUCCAGCGAGGAGGGGGAGGAGGAGGAGGAUCUGGUGAAUACAGCGGAUUACGACGAGGAGGACGAGGAUCUGACCUCAACGGAGGAGAGAUUACAACCGAAUUUACAAACCACCAGCUUGGGUCCUCGGCCGCUAAGUCAACCCUUACUACCACCAGCAGUUCUGAAGGCCUCAUCCUGCGAGUACCUCUUGGAUCAGCCAGCUGUUCCUUUAACAACCACCAGCACGACAGUCAUAAGUUCUUUGGCAACUACUAUCCCCGACAUAGCAACGAGUUUACACACCUCCUCCAAAACCAUGGUAGUAAUCUCAGCCUCAACCACAUUAAUGAUGACAGCAACGGCAGCCACAACGAUGGUGCCGAAGAGCCAACAGAUAAUGACAACGACUUGUUCUUUGACGGACUCAACAAUAGUACAGACAACACCGAGUCCGGUUCCCUUGUUGGCAUCUACAACAAUCAGCAGCGCGAACGUCACUAUCAGGAAAGACAAAGACGUUUGCAGCAAGGAAGAGGAGAAGAAGACAGCCAAAACAUUGCCACGACCAGCGAAAUUUAUACCACCUCCACCGCCGCCACGCCGUCUGUUAUUGACUCAAACAAAUCUAAAGACCAGUGGUCAGCCUCAAAAACCCUUAAGACAGCUCCCGCUUCCACCAAAAUCUGGCGUUUCUGCUGACGAUGGCUCUUCAGUGGGUGUCAAAGACGUCGGCGACGUUUGCGACGCUCCCACGGUAAAUAUCAGCGCACCUCCUUGCACAGCCACGAUGACGAAGACAAUGAUGACGACGAUGAUGUCGACGACGACGAAGACGAUGAGUACGGCCAAGCCCACGAAAAUUCCUCAACCCAUCGAGGAUGUUUACAAUAUCAAAAAGUAUUCAGCAGCAAUCGCUUGCAAAGCCGAAACUGUGUCACCCUCAACGAAACCACGACACUCGUCAACAAUAAUCGAGACCUCGCUGCUGGGCUCGGUGGAAGCCGGCAGCAACCGAAACCCGCUCUACAACUCAUCAACAACAGUUUCGACGAUGAAGGAGAAAACAACAGCAGCAACAACAACGAAGAAAGAUUACAAAGAUCAUCAACAACAGCAACAGCAGCAGGUGGAGAAGAAGGACAAAGAUCUCAAACACAAGAAGAAGCAGGAGGAGCAUACGCAGCAGAAAGAGGACGCUACAGACAAAGAUUCGAAAUCGGCUUGUGUACAGCCCGCAGGAGUUGGCUCGGGUUUAAGUCCUCGCCUGGAGAUGCGUUUGGCGCUCAAUCACGAUAUACUGGGCGACGAAGACUUGAUAAGUUACGAUCCUGGACCCGAUCUAACAACUAUUCUGGGGCACGACCUCUCCACCUUUCAACGACGGACGGGUCGCGAUUUAUUGAAUCGCUCAGCCACGAAUCGUGUUCAGCCCAAAGAGGCUGUCAUAUCGUUCUCUCAACAGCGAAAUUCGAAGAUGGAUACACCCACAGUGAAUCGACGGCCACGACCUCAAAUCAACAACAGCACCAACAACACCCCACUGAACAACAGCAACAAUUACAACACCAGCAGCAAUCCGGCUUCGUCAAUGCCUUUCGUUGGCUCGGCACGUGUAGGCGGCGUUCCACAACACCUGCAGCCAAAUCGAAAUACAUGGAGCAGUUCUGUAUCUGUGGAUCACAGCAGAGACGGGAGCGUCAACGACGUAAGCAGCAGCAAAAAUAUCAAUUACAACAGAGGCGACAGCAAAUUAAGCGAUCUCGAGAUCUUAGCGAGACGCGAGAAGAUAUACUGCAUGUCUCAAUUGAGGAGUGGCUCACAAGUCAAGAUGGGGACGAAGAUGAUGACGACAACGACGGCGUCAACGGCAACGAUGAUGAAGAGCAACAAUUUCUACCACAACAACAAUCCUCUGACGAGGACGACGAGUACUACUUCGAUGGGCGCUGCGACUGAAGAUAUUACACAUACGCCAAAAAUGGCCCAAAGGCAACGUAAAAUAGGGCGUGAUGAAUCCGCCCUUAUGGAGUCGGGAAAGGCUAAUAAAUUAAUAAACUUUAUUAAACGUCGUAAUUCAGAAAAUCCCUUAACCGCCAAUAACUCACAAACCUCGCUUAAUGAUUCAAAUGCUAGUAGCACACCGCAGCACACAAAAAUACCCAUGUCACCAAGAAAAGAUAAUGACAAACCCUCCUUAAAUCGCCGUUUAUGGAAACAAAUAACCAAACGUCGUCGCUCAAAUUCUGUCUCAGAACUUGUGGCCUCUUAAGGUGUUUAAGGAUUUUUAUCACACAAAUUUUGUGCACCUUUUUUGUCGUAUUUAUGUGAUCCAUCAUUAGUCCAAAAUAUUUGCUCUUCUGUUUGUACUUAAAUAUUUUUAAUAAAUUUUUUGAUAGUUAGUACUUAAUUAUUUAAGUAGUCUCGUAGUUUGUGUGUGUGUGGUAGUUUUAACUCCCUGUCCUUAUUUAAAGGAUCUCGAGAGUAUUUGUUAAGUAUAGUUA